AUGCCUAUCGUACCUUUGCCGACGACCAGCCCAAAAUUGAAAGAUCGCAUUUCACCCAAUGCUCAGAUGCCGCAUAACGACAUGCCACAUAUUCUAUCACUCCCAUACAACCUCCUCCAUUACAUACUGGUGGACCUGAUCGGCGAAGAUCUAAUCGUUCAUGCAGCGGGAUCUGAAUAUCUGAAACUAGCAUCGGCUUGCAAGCUGUUUCAACAAAUCCUGUACCAUCGCACCUUUCGACGACGGAUGAUGCAAAGCAUGGCGACAGCUUUGCACGCGAGGACGGGAGCGGUGAUGAACAAGCCGGAGGGUGAUGAUCUUCAGCAGUCGAUUUUCAGGCUGCUUGUAAAUCGAUCACAAUGUACCCGAGAAGUAUGCAACAACGCUAACCCUUUUCAAAAUCCGUACAUUGAUCGAUACUACCUCUUGGAGCUCCUUCUCUAUGUCUAUGACCCUCAUGAGUUAUACCGCAUGGCUCUUCCUUACAUUCCGUUUGUCCGAUCACCGCGCAUCUUUGACUUCAGCAUGGAUACCAUGCAUGAGACAGUUGCAUGCUUGCAAUGGUACAUAGUGGAAAAUGAUGAGAACAACAUUGUGCUGUUGAAGAAUGCGUGGAAUAAGCGGGAGCAGGACGGCCUGGAGGUGUGGCUGUUAGUGGAGUUUGGAAUGAUAUUUGAUUAUUUUGGUGGAUUUGCUUCUGGAUGGACGAUUGGGAGGCGGUCAAAGACUGUUAUCUGA